CGCGCGUAGCUCACUGCGCAUGUGCGUUGCCAGGGGUAGCGCAGGUAGCCGAAGUGGCUCGCGGCUUGAGGCCUGUUGCCGAGGUGGGGAGGUGGGGCCGGAGGUGUGAAGCGAGCCGCUAUGAGGGCCGUAUUGACGUGGAGAGAUAAAGUGGAACAGAGUAUAUAUGACCUCGCAUUUAAGCCUGAUGGAACUCAACUGAUUUUGGCUGCAGGAAACAGAUUACUGGUUUAUGACACCUCUGAUGGCACCUUACUUCAGCCCCUCAAGGGGCACAAAGAUACUGUGUACUGUGUGGCAUAUGCGAAGGAUGGCAAGCGCUUUGCUUCUGGAUCAGCUGACAAGAGUGUGAUUAUCUGGACAUCAAAAUUGGAAGGCAUUCUGAAAUACACGCAUAAUGAUUCUAUCCAGUGUGUCUCCUACAACCCCAUCACCCACCAGCUGGCAUCCUGUUCCUCCAGUGACUUCGGCUUGUGGUCUCCUGAACAGAAGUCUGUCUCCAAGCACAAAUCCAGCAGCAAGAUCACCUGCUGCAGCUGGACAAAUGAUGGCCAAUACCUGGCUCUGGGGAUGUUCAACGGGAUCAUCAGCAUACGGAACAAAAAUGGCGAGGAGAAAGUGAAGAUCGAGCGCCCAGGGGGCUCCCUCUCCCCCAUAUGGUCCAUCUGCUGGAACCCUUCCAGAGAGGAACAUAAUGACAUCCUGGCUGUUGCUGAUUGGGGACAGAAACUUUCCUUCUACCAACUGAGUGGAAAACAGAUUGGGAAGGAUCGGUCUCUGGACUUUGACCCAUGCUGCAUCAGCUACUUUUCUAAAGGGGAGUACAUCUUGCUGGGGGGGUCAGACAAGCAAGUAUCCCUUUUCACCAAGGAUGGAGUGCAGCUUGGGACUGUUGGGGAGCACAACUCCUGGGUCUGGACGUGUAAAGCAAAACCCGAUUCCAACUACGUGGUGGUAGGCUGCCAGGAUGGUACCAUUUCCUUCUACCAGCUUAUCUUUAGCACUGUCCACGGGCUCUACAAGGACCGGUAUGCCUACAGGGACAACAUGACUGAUGUCAUCGUGCAGCACCUGAUCACCGAGCAGAAAGUUCGGAUUAAAUGCAAAGAGCUUGUCAAGAAAAUUGCCAUCUACAAAAAUCGAUUAGCUGUCCAGCUGCCCGAGAAAAUUGUCAUCUACGAGUUGUAUUCAGAUGACUCCUCAGACAUGCAUUACCGGGUGAAGGAGAAGAUUGUUCGGAAGUUUGAAUGCAAUCUGCUGGUGGUAUGUGCCAACCACAUCAUCCUCUGCCAGGAGAAGCGGCUGCAGUGCCUGUCCUUCAGUGGAGUGAAGGAGCGUGAGUGGCAGAUGGAGUCUCUCAUUCGCUAUAUCAAGGUGAUCGGCGGCCCACCAGGAAGGGAGGGGCUGUUAGUCGGCCUGAAGAACGGACAGAUCCUGAAGAUCUUUGUGGACAAUCUCUUUGCCAUCGUCCUGCUGAAGCAGGCCACAGCCGUGCGCUGCUUGGACAUGAGCGCCUCCCGGAACAAGCUGGCCGUGGUGGAUGAAAACGAUAUGUGCCUGGUGUAUGACAUCCACACCAAGGAGCUGCUGUUUCAGGAACCGAAUGCCAACAGCGUGGCCUGGAACACCCAGUGUGAGGACAUGCUCUGCUUCUCUGGGGGAGGCUACCUCAACAUCAAGGCCAGCACCUUCCCUGUGCACCAGCAGAAGUUGCAGGGCUUUGUGGUUGGUUAUAACGGCUCCAAGAUCUUCUGCCUCCACGUCUUCUCCAUGUCAGCUGUGGAGGUGCCACAGUCUGCUCCAAUGUACCAGUACCUGGAUAGGAAGAUGUUCCGGGAAGCCUACCAGAUUGCUUGCUUGGGUGUGACAGACACUGACUGGCGUGAGCUGGCCAUGGAAGCUCUAGAAGGAUUGGAGUUUGAGACAGCAAAGAAGGCCUUCACCCGAGUGCAGGACUUCCGCUAUUUACAGCUCAUCAGCAGCAUCGAGGAGAGGAAGAAGCGGGGAGAGACCAACAAUGACCUGUUUCUGGCAGAUGUGUUUUCCUACCAGGGGAAGUUCCACGAGGCCGCCAAACUGUAUAAGAGGAGCGGGCAUGAGAGCCUCGCACUCGACAUGUACACGGACCUGCGCAUGUUUGAGUAUGCCAAGGAUUUCCUUGGAUCUGGAGACCCCAAAGAAACAAGGAUGCUGAUCACCAAACAGGCCGACUGGGCCAGAAAUAUCAAUGAGCCCAAAGCUGCUGUGGAGAUGUACAUCUCAGCAGGCGAGCACAGCAAGGCCAUAGAGAUCAGCGGUGACCAUGGCUGGGUGGAUACGCUCAUCGACAUUGCCCGGAAGCUGGACAAGGCGGAGCGGGAGCCCCUGCUGAUGUGCGCUCACUACUUCAAGAAGCUGGACAACCCUGGCUAUGCUGCUGAGACCUACCUAAAGAUAGGGGACCUGAAGUCCUUGGUUCAGCUGCAUGUGGAGACCCAGCGCUGGGAUGAGGCCUUUGCUUUGGGGGAGAAGUAUCCUGAAUUUAAGGAUGACAUCUAUGUGCCCUAUGCUCAGUGGCUGGCAGAGAACGACCGUUUUGAGGAAGCCCAGAAAGCGUUCCACAAGGCCGGGCGGCAGGGGGAAGCAGUCCGGGUGCUGGAGCAGCUCACGCACAAUGCUGUGGUAGAGAGCAGAUUUAAUGACGCUGCCUAUUAUUACUGGAUGCUGUCCAUGCAGUGCCUCGAUAUAGCUCAAGACUUUUCCCAGAAGGACGUGAUGCUUGGCAAGUUCCACCACUUUCAGCACUUGGCUGAGCUGUACCACGGCUACCACGCCAUUCAUCGGUACACGGAGGAGCCUUUCAGUUUCCACCUUCCCGAAACGCUCUUCAACAUCUCCAGGUUCCUGCUGCACAGCCUGACCAAGGACACCCCCCUGGGCAUCUCUAAAGUGAACACGCUCUUCACUCUGGCCAAACAAAGCAAGGCCCUGGGUGCCUACAAACUGGCCCGGCAUGCCUACGACAAGCUGCAAGGCCUGCAGAUCCCCACCAGGUUCCAGAAGUCCAUCGAGCUGGGCAGCCUAACCAUCCGCUCCAAGCCCUUCCAUGACAGCGAGGAGCUGGUGCCCUUGUGCUACCGCUGCUCCACCAACAACCCACUGCUAAACAACCUGGGCAACGUCUGCAUCAAUUGCCGCCAGCCCUUUGUCUUCUCUGCCUCCUCCUACGAGGUGCUGCACCUGGUGGAAUUCUACCUGGAGGAGGGCAUCACUGAUGAGGAAGCUGUCUCCCUCAUCGACCUGGCACCGAGACACAAGCGUGAGAACAAGUGGCAAGAGAUCAGGAGCAAUGAUUCCCAGACUUUGAGGCUGGACGAGACCGUGGACCCCAUGGGAGAUGAUGACCCUUUCACAGCAAAGCUGAGCUUCGAGCAAGGUGGCUCAGAGUUCGUGCCUGUGGUAGUGAACCGCUCCGUGCUGCGUUCCAUGAGCCGGCGGGACGUCCUCAUCAAGCGCUGGCCACCACCCCUGCAAUGGCAGUACUUCCGCUCACUCCUCCCUGACGCCUCCAUCACCAUGUGUCCUUCAUGCUUCCAGAUGUUCCACUCGGAGGACUACGAGCUGCUGGUGCUUCAGCACACCUGCUGCCCCUACUGCCGGAGGCGCAUCGACGACUCCAGCCCCUGACCAGCACCCUCAGGACCACUGCUCCCUCCCGGCUGCCUUGCAGUCAGCUGGGCUAUUGAAGGAGAGUUAAACUGUCAGAAUGUGUCUUCUGCCCAGAUCACGUUUGUAUUUUAGGGAGGGGCCUUGUGUAACCACAGAAUUCCUAUUUAUGGCAUUUCGUGCCUUGUAAAUAGCACCAGGAGAUGGAGAAGAGAAUGUACAUAUAUUUUCUAAGAAAAAAAAAUCUGUUACUUUCAAAACGACUCUGAGUUGUUCAUGGCAGCCUGCUGGAGUCCACAGAUCUGUCAGACCAUUAACAUGUACACUUUGUGAACAGAUUGCCUCAAUAAUUACAAAUAAAAGGGCUACUUAUUUUCA